AGGCGAUCCUAAAAUACGGGUCCGAUUACGGCGUGUUGUGGUUCUUUCUAAUUUCAUUCUAAAUUUCUAACUGGAUUGUUGUGGCUUGGGUAGCAAAAUAAGUGCAAACAACAACAAUCGAAAUGGAAUAGCUUCAAGACCAGGUUUGAGGCUUGGUCUGCACGGUACUAGAUUCUAGAUCUAGAUCUAGAUCUACUCGUUUUGAAGCUAAAUGCAAUGCUUUUCUCUUUAAAAAAAACAGUACUGGAUUCUAUGAAAGAGAAAUUCUAGAUUAUAGAUCUAUGAUUUGAUUGAUCGGCAUUGUUUGUCAUUGUUGUGUCUGUGACUGAGUGUGAUACUUGGCCGGCGAGGAAUUUCUCUCUUCAGGCUAAUUUGUGACACCGACACUGUCUAAUCUGAACUGACAGGGUUGAGACGUUGACAAUCGAAGUGCUCAACAAAGUUUUAACUGUGAAUCAACGGCAAGUUGCUGCAAUUUUAGCAGGUUUUGACUGUGCUUGACUUUGAAGUUCAUUCAGCGAGUAUACUGAGGGUAGAUCUAGACUAGUGGGUAGUGACUGGGAGCCAUAGAGAGCCAAGUCAAGAAGAGGUCACAGUUGCUCUUUCACUCACUUCCUUGUUAAUAUUUGUUGUCCUUGUGAGAGGCUUAGGCUUUCACUUUGGGAAACAUAAAUUUUGCCAACUUGAUCUGAAUAGCCUACUGAAUUGAAACCAGAAAUGCAAAAGCCCUUGCCACCUUCGAUCACGUCUGCAGAACGUGGUGCUCUUCCAGGCACUACCAAGCCACUUGUUCCUGAGGAACAAGGAAGUGGAUACAUUGCUGACAAAUUGGUGAAAGCAGAGAAGAGGAUCCAAGCCUUUCCAUUUGACACAGAAGCAUGGAGCAUACUUAUAAGAGACGCUCAGAUCAGAAAGAUAGAAGAUGCCAGGGUCGUCUACGAGCGGCUGGUGGAGCAGUUCCCGAAUGCUGGCAAAUAUUGGAAGAUCUAUAUCGAACAUGAGUUGAAACUGAAGAACUUUGAACGAGUAGAAAAGCUUUUCCAGCGCUGCCUCAUCAAAGUGCUCAACAUUGACCUUUGGCGCUUAUACCUCAACUACAUCAAGGAGACCAAAGGGAUACUGCCCUCAUACAGAGAAAAAAUGGCUCAAGCAUAUGACUUCGCCCUCGAGAAGAUAGGGAUGGACAUCUUGUCGUACCAGAUUUGGGCCGAGUACAUCAGCUUUCUCAAAUCAGUAGAGGCAGUGGGAUCUUAUGCUGAGAACCAGAGAAUCACAGCAGUGAGAAAGGUGUACCAGAGAGGUGUCACAAACCCCAUGCUCAACAUUGAACUCUUGUGGAAGGACUACACAGCCUAUGAAAAUAGUAUCAAUAACCUGAUUGCCAAGAAGAUGAUUGACGACCGGAGCAGGGAAUACAUGAGUGCCCGCCGAGUGGCCAAGGAGUAUGAAGUGGCCACCCGUGGUCUGGACAAGAAUGCCCCCUCAGUUCCCCCACACAACUCUUACAAUGAACUCAAACAGGUGGAGUUGUGGAAAAGGUACAUUGCCUGGGAGAAGAAGAAUCCACUGAGGACAGAAGAUCAGAGUGUGAUUACAAAGAGAGUGAUGUUUGCCUACGAACAGUGUCUACUCUGUCUGGGUCACCACCCGGACAUUUGGAUUGAAGCAGCGUCAUACCUUGACCAGUCCAGCAAAAUCUUGAUGGAGAAAGGGGACCAGAAUGCUGGGAAACUGUUUGCUGAUGAAGCUGCUGCCAUUUAUGAAAGAGCCAUUAACUCCCUCAUGAAGAAAAAUAUGCUGAUUUACUUUGCAUAUGCAGAUUUUGAAGAGGGUCGUGUCAAAUUUGAGAAGGUUCAUCAAAUAUACAAGAAGUUCUUGGCAGUGGAAGACAUCAAACCCACAUUGGCAUUUAUCCAGUAUAUGAAGUUUGCACGGCGAGCUGAGGGAAUCAAGUCGGCAAGAAAUGUGUUCAAAGCUGCUCGGGAAGACACACGAUCGCAGUACCAUGUGUACGUCUCUGCGGCUCUCAUGGAGUACUACUGUAGUAAGGAGAAGAACAUUGCCCUCAAGAUAUUUGAGCUGGGUCUCAAAAGGUUUGGGGACAACCCAGAAUACGCUGCUUGUUACAUUGACUUCAUGUCACACCUCAAUGAGGACAACAACACAAGAGUUCUAUUUGAGAGGAUUCUAUCGUCAGAUCAACUGCUGCCUGAAAAGUCUACUGAUAUUUGGAGCAAGUUUUUGUCAUUUGAGUCUCAAGUUGGAGAUCUUGCGAGUAUCAUCAAGGUUGAAAAGAGAAGAACAUCCACAAUUGAAAAGAUCCAGGAGUUCAAUGAAAAGGAAACAGCACUACUCAUAGAUCGCUACAAGUUUCUGGGACUUCUACCGUGUGCUGACAAUGAGUUGAGAGCUAUCGGCUACUGGGACCUGGUCAAACAUCACCUAGUCCAGCUGCCGGCGACCAGUGCUAAGCAAGCUCUGCUGGCUACACAAGAUGAUGAGAGUGAGAAAGCCAAGAGGCCUCGCUACCCUCAGCCAGAUGUGGAGCAGAUGCUGCCCUUCAAGCCCAGGGCUGUUGUUCCUACAGCUGCUCACCCCGUCCCUGGUGGUGUGUUCCCCCCUCCACCAGCCGCGUCUGUCCUGCUGCAAGUGCUGCCUCCACCAGAGUGUUUCCGGGGUCCCAAUGUCAUCAUUGAUAAGAUGAUGGAAUUCAUGAUGCAAGUCAAACUGCCUGAACGCCCAGUUGGUGAAGAGAAUGGUAAAGAUGGAGAUUUCCGUCUUGAUGCUGGGACCAGGCUGUCUAUAGAAAUUGCAAGUGGUUCUCGAAAAAGGAAAGUGACUGAGACUGAGAGCGAUGAUGAGGACAUGGACUUGAAUUCAUCGGCACCAGUCAAUGAUAUCUACAGGGCAAGGCAGCAAAAAAAAGUUAUCAAAUAGACUAAACAUGUAUUUAUUUUAUAUAUUUUUUUUUUUUAAACAUAUUUCGGCUCAGUGUAGUGUGUAUGUUUCUCCCUCAAAGUCAAAGCUAUGGUGUGGUGGAGUGUGCAGAAAUCUCUGAAAGAUGAAUGCUGUGAACAUGACAUUUGCUUAUAUGAGUUGCAAAAUUGUACGUUGAAAUUGUAUUAUAUUGCGACUUACUUUGCUUGUUGAGUGCAAUUUCAGAGUGUCAAAAUGUACGAGUUCUUUGUGGGACAAUUGUUAAUUUGUGUUGUAAAUUCAAGUUGGAUUUUUUUUUUCAAUUUAGUGGAUGCCUGGCAGAGAGUUGUGUGUAACAAUAGAAGGGCAAGCUCAAAAGAUUAUGCGGUCAUAAAAUUUCUUCCAAACUGAUAGCCCUUCUGUGAAAAUCCCGCAAUACAUAUGCUUGAAUAGCAGUAAUGCUUUCAGUUCAGCCCAUUUUCAUUUUGCUUUCAGUCAGUCAGCUUUUCAACAUUACUAUUGUUUAUAGUGUCUGAAGGCAGAAGAUAUUUAUUUUUGGUUCUUAUACAUUUUCAUGACCUUGCCGCAUGUUUAACUGUUUUAAAACAGCAUAAUAUAAAAGAAGUGAUGGAACUCUACAACAAGAUCAUUGCUUACAACUUUAUAUAAAUGGUUGUGUGAUUGAUUAAAAAUUUUAAGAGUAGUCCUAGUACUUUGCAUUUGUCAUAAAAGUGCAGCGCUUUGGUGUAUGAUACAUCAAAGCAGUCCAGUUUAUAGAGUUAAAAUAUGGAACAAACCAGUUUUAAAAAGACUAAGGAAAACAGGUAUUUGUAAUAAUAAAAGGAAUGUGCAUAUUUACUUUUGGAAAAGACCAUAAUUAGUUGAGCAUCCUUUCACUGUAACAACAGAUAAAGUAAAAAUGUUUUGAUUUUAAUCUUGGGUAUUGUCCAGUUUUACCACCUGCCUCAUUGACAUGCUGACGUUCAUUAAAGAAUUACCAGAUUAUA